UUUUCAAUACGUCGAUUCUUUUUGAUUUUUCUUAAAGACGCGUUGACUGUAAGGAUAAAAUGUUAAUUAGGGGUUGUUAAUUGGGAGGAUUAAUUAUCCGUUUGAUCGUAUUAGUUUCUUCCACGGCGUUUCCAUAUCGAAGGGUUGGGUCUAGGGUUAGGGCGAUGCGAAUGGAAGCGUCUGGUGCAAAUUCGGACGCACACAGAGGUAUUUCUUCAUCGAGUAGUAACAAUAUUGGUAAUUCUAGAAGGCAUGGAGUACAAUUAUCUGCUGCUAAUUUAUUGCGUUCGCCAUUAUCGACGUUGUUGGAAUAUUCUGGAAUUCUAAGGACAAGAUCAAGUGAUUCAGAAUCGGAUAGUUUGAUAAACAGUGGGGUCACUUCUAGCUACCGCGAUCAAUUUCAGCCCCGCGUGGAUGAUUCUGGGGCAUCACCAGCUUCUGCCGGUGGCUCCGGUGAAGUUUCCAUUAGGAUUAUCGGUGCUGGCGAGCAGGAUGGGCCACUGAGGGAAGCGGAUGGGCAAAAUGAUGUUUUGGGGAGGCCAAUUUCGAGGUCGGGGUCUGCAGCUUCGGUGGGAGCAUUGGAGAGUCAAACGGGUGAUAGAGGGGCGGGAGAUGGAGUCUCGCAGCAGGUGAAUGGAAACGCUGAUACAGGGCCUACAGAUGCUAAUAAUAGGGAGUCUUCUUACCAAAGAUACGAUAUACAACAAGCUGCAAGGUGGAUCGAGCAAAUUAUUCCGUUCUCUUUGCUUUUGUUGAUUGUUUUCAUUCGACAGCAUUUGCAAGGUUUUUUUGUUACAAUUUUGAUUGCGGCUGUCAUGUUCAAGUCAAAUGAUAUUGUAAAGAAGCAGACUGCACUUAAGGGUGAGAGGAGAAUCUCUGUUCUGGUUGGCGUAUGUCUUUUGUUCGGCGGUUAUGUAAUUGGGUUUUAUUGGUGGUACCGUAAUGACGAUCUUUUGUCUCCGUUGCUGAUGCUUCCACCAAAGGCCAUACCUCCUUUUUGGCAUGCUAUCUUCAUGAUCAUGGUGAACGAUACUUUGGUCCGCCAAGCAGCAAUGAUCUUCAAAUGUCUUCUGCUGAUGUAUUACAAGAAUAGCAGGGGCCGUAACUACCGUAAGCAGGGUCAAUUGUUAACUUUGGUUGAGUACCUUCUACUGCUAUAUCGCGCUUUGCUCCCAGCUCCAGUUUGGUAUCGUUUCUUUUUGAACAAGGAAUAUGGAAGCCUCUUUUCAUCAUUAAUGACGGGGCUGUAUCUAACUUUCAAGCUUACUUCUGUUGUCGAGAAGGUCCAAUCCUUCUUCACAGCUUUGAAAGCACUGUCACGUAAGGAGAUUCAUUAUGGAGUAUAUGCGACUUCUGAACAGGUCAAUGCUGCUGGGGAUCUCUGUGCUAUUUGCCAGGAGAAAAUGCAUACGCCAAUCUUACUACGUUGUAAACAUAUAUUCUGCGAAGACUGUGUGUCUGAAUGGUUUGAGAGGGAAAGGACGUGCCCUCUGUGCAGGUCUUUAGUAAAACCUGCCGAUCUAAAAUCUUUUGGUGAUGGUUCAACUAGUCUCUUUUUCCAAUUAUUCUAAAGAGAUGGAUGUCGAUGAAAGGGAGUCUCUUCAAAGCUGCCAACUCACUACGAGCAGCUAUAGCGGAUCACCCAUCCACGGAAAGCAUAUUGACUCUUUAGAUAACAGAUCUAUUGCCUCCAGAAAGUAGUAAAUGGCUUAACACACUCUCUGAGGCCAUUGUUUAUAAUGCAGUUCCAUACAAGGAGCGGGCUAUUGUUCAUACGUCUGUGAGGAGAAAAUGUUUGUAUCAUCAGUCCAUUAGUCAACAGAAUUCCCAAUUGUACAAUGUAUGAAAUAGUGUAGUAGUCAUAUUUAUCUUUCUA